AUACUGCUGCUCUGAUUGGUGGAACACACAGUCACUCACGGUUACUAUGGACUUUGGCUUUGCUGGUAUCCAAGUGAAGACGUGAUUUUUGGAGGUCUGGUGCCUUGUAGAUGAUUUUAGCGCCUUUCCAGCUGAGCUAGCUUGUUAGUCUCUGUUAGCAUCACCUUUAGAGAAGCAUUAGAGACUUUAUAAAGGGAUGGCACAAAGGAAGACUCCCAAACCCCACUCCAGAAAAGAGGGGAAGACGUCAACGGCGGAGAGCAAGAAUGGAAAGAGGACCGAGAGAGGAGGAGGAGACGCCGGAGGAGGAGGUCCAAAAUACUCCAUGUUCACCUGGUUUGUGGUCCUGGCUCUGCUGGGAGUCUGGAGCUCUGUGGCGGUCGUCUACUUCGACAUCGUGGACUACGACAGCGUCAUCGCGAGAGCUAAGGAGUUUCAUAUGAACUUUUCGGAAGUUCUACAAGGUAAACUGGCGGCCUACGACACGGACGGAGACGGCGACUUCGACGUGGAGGAUGCUAAAGUUCUGCUCGGCCUGACCAAAGAUGGCGGUGCUGAUGGUGAUGGUGAUGGUGGUGGUAGUGCGAACGCCGAGUCGCUUGAGGAGGUUCUUAAUAUUUUAGCUGAGGAGGGCUCUGAUUGGAUCUAUGGCUUCUUCACCUUCCUCUAUGACGUAGUGUCCUCGCCUGUAGAGCGGGGCGAGGGAAAGGAGGAGGCGGAGGGGAAGGAGGCAGCGGCUGGGAGUGAGGAAGAGGAAGAGGAGGAGGAGGAGGAGGGUGAAACGGCCUCGCCUGAUGACAGGGAGGUGAAAGGGGUCAUUCUGGACCUCCAGAACCAAUAGGAGAGCAGGACAAAGAGCCACAGCCAAUAGCGAGGCUCCCUGGUCCCAAUACAGAGCAAUGAGGACCAAACGGCGACGUAGCCCAGUCCAGGAGGAGGAGGAGGAUGGUGUGUUUGGUUGUUGUAGACCUGAUGGAGGACGGUCUGGUCGGACUGGUCGCCCGGUUCUUCGUCCCACAGCACAUAUAUUUAAGAGAGCUUCUCUGGUUCUGGUGUUUCGGCUCAGAGUCUCCGCCUGUAGUGGUUUAUAACAUAAACUGUUGUUGUGUGUUUAUGUUGUCCAGAAAGAACACACUCAGAUAAAACAUUAAUCUGUUCAAUUACAUGAAAUAAAUGAAAAGUAUGACAGAAUAUGACGGCCAGAUUUAAGGGGAAAAAAUAUUGUAGAAUGAAGUCUUAAUAUUAAGAGAGUAAAGUUUAAUAAAGUUUAAUUAAAAGUUAAAUACAUCCUAACCACGGCCUUAAAUUUCAACUUUAUCCUCAUAAAAUCAUAAAUCUAUUCGGCUGAUAUCACACCAUCGUCUGCAUAAUGUCGCAACUUUUUCUGGAUUUCCAACUUUAUUUUAGUAAUAAAAUUCAACUUAUUCUGUGAUCUGAGGAAUAACAACUCAAUUGUUGAAAUAGUACAGAUUUACCCUUCUUAACUAUCACAGAUUUGUUCUUCACAAAUUUACUUUUUGGAAUAUUAUGAAUGUUUCUUUUACUACAAAAAUGCAACUUUAUUAUUCAGUUUGACUAAAUUAAAUUAUACUUUAUUUCUGUAAUAUUCUGACUUCAUUCUCAUAAUAACAUCUUUAAGAGACAAGAUAAGAGAAGAUACUCCUUUAUUCUCAAAUUUCAGAAUUUUGUAUUCUUUAGUACGGCCCUUAAAAUAAUGAAUUGGACACUUUAAAAAAAAAAAAGAAACACUACAGAGAAAAUGUUGUCUUUAAGAAUCCAGAAUUUUGUUUUCAUUUUUUUCUCAAAAAGCUGAUUAACGCUGUGUCUGUGAAAAAAAAAAAAAAAGCACCUUUAAAGUUUGUGACACUGUUAGCAUCGUACCUUCACGUGUUUUACUUUAAGUCUUAUUUUUUUUACUGCACUGCUUUGAAAACAGUUUCUGCAAACAACCUUGGAAAACUUAAAGAGUGCAUGUCAGAAAGAAAUCAUGGACUUCUUCACUUCUGACUUGUCUGGCCUCCAGUGGUGUCGCCCCCUGCUGGCUCUAACAAGGACUGCAGGGGUUAAACGUUAGACUUAUUUACAGUCUGAGCUUUAAUUUUCACUGUCAGCUGAAAGCUUCAGUAAACUUACCGCAGUUUGAACGAUGAUAUGGACGUAAUGUUGAAUAAGAAGCAGAGACGUCUUCGUAUUGAUAACGAUGUGACUGCACUGCUGUUCAUACUCUGCUGUGUUCAUCCUGUGUAACCUUACAUUAACACACUGAAACUGUGCUGCUUGUAAACCACUGAUAAUGUAAACUGUGCCGUGCAGGAACGGUCCGAUCCUCCACUAUCAUAAUUAACCAUUCUCACAUACGACUAGAUCUCUGUGCUGCUCUUUGGCAUUAAGAGUAAAUGAAGUGAACAGUG